UAUUAGUUGGGCGCCACUGCCGUGAGGCAAAAUUGGGCUAUUAUAUAAAAAAAAAAAAAUAAUAAUAAUAACAAUUUUAAUAAUAAUGAAAUAUUAUAAUAUGAGAAUUAUACCUAAUUAAAUACAUUUUUUUCUGCAUUCCGUCUGCCGCGUCUGGUAUGACCGGUAUUAUACCUAGGUAUACAUAAUAGGUACGCGGUUGUGUAAUACACACAUUUCUUUUUCACGUCCGACAGAUAUUAUCGCGUCUACCACGCACGCGCGAGCCGGCGUCUCACUCGCACAAACCCGUCCGCCGGCCACCUAUCAGCACGUCUGCCGCGUCCGUCCGAAUUUUAUCGUCGUCGCCGGCCUCAACCGCUUCGCCCGAAUUCGACUCAGUAUCGCCCGCGGACUUCCCUUCGCCUUUUCCGGUCCAUGUGAUUCCCGAAUUCCCAGCAGCAGCAAUACCUACCUACUUGUAUAAUAACAAGUAAUAUAAUAGUUACUACCAACAGCCGUCCGGCACGGGCGCCGCCGACAAGGCGAUGUUGAUUUCUUUAUUGUCGACGUCAACGGCUCCGGCCACUCCGACGGCCAGCGCCGCCGCCGUCACAGGGACGGACUCGUCGGCGCUGACGGUGACGGUGCUGACGGUGGCGUGUGCAGCGCUCACGCUGAUCUUGGUGUUCAUGUGCGCGCUGGACAUGCCUUACUUCUUCCGAUCGCUGUUCAGCUACGUGACGGCCACGUGCUUGAAGAAGAAGCUCCGGGUCACCGACACGGCCGUAUUUUCGUCCGUGUGCCUGACCACUGACCUGGACGUGUACCUGUCGCACAUGAACAACGCCCGGUACCUGCGUGAGAUAGACCUGGCCCGCAUUGAGUUCCUGCUGCGCACCGGAUUGUGGCAAGAGCUCCGGCGCCGCGGUGGCCUCAUAUUCACCAUAGCAAACAGUAUCCGGUACCGCAAGUUCGUGCGCACGUUCAGCCGGUACGAGAUCCGUACCAGGAUCGUGUACUGGGACGACAUGUCCAUAUUCUUCGAAUUCCGGUUCGUGUCCAAAGCCGACGAGUUCGUCCGAGCCAUCGUGUACAACCGGCAGCGGGUGAUCGACUGCAGCGCAGACGAACUGAUGCGCACCGUCAUCGGUGGCGGUGCAUCGGCGGCCGCUAAGACCGCGGACGCGGACAGCGCGUACCAGCGGCCCGAGUGCCCCAUCGAGAUACACCACUGGAUACAAUCGAACCUCAUGUCAAGCGCCAACCUCAAGGCCGAGAUGGGUGACGGCGACCCUCUGUAGUGCUGGGGUGCGUUUGAUCGGGGCUGUCCGGUCCCCUCGUUUCGGCUGCAGGAAUACGCAAAAAUUGAAAUACCUUUAGCACUUUAGGGUGUAAAUAUCCACUCAACGUUUGGGCGCAAGCACAUUAUUUCUCAACAUAUUACCUCUAGCACGUUGAGCGCAUACAUUUUGCUUAAUUUAUUAACCAUAGUUCAUAUUUUUGAUAUUUUGUUUUUUAUGUGAUAAAAUAUUGAAUUACCUAAGUUAUUGUUUUCUUCGAUGCAUUAUUUCAAUAUGAUAAUUUGCUCUACAUAUUUUUGCACGGACUUUAAUAUUAUGCUUUUGUAUCUUUUGUUGUAUUAUGUUUAAUUUUUCACUCCCAAACGCGUGUCUUUUAUUUUACAUCCUAGGUAUCGUGUUUUCAUAACAAACAAUGCACCCAAAAGUGAUGUUACGCCCAUAUCGCGGUAUAAUGCAGCUGCACUUGCACCCGACAAUGCGCUCCGCAAUUGAUCUCGUGCGUGCAGCGAGAUUGUAUAUUGAUUAUUACCUCUUUAGUAGCAGGCUCGAUUGGUUUUUUUUGUUUUUUUUUUCGGAAAAAAAAUUGUAAAUUUUUUAUCGAUUGUACGGUCAAAAAAAAAAUAUAUAUUAUGACCGUUCUUUUACCAAUCGGGACUGCAUUAUAAUGUAUACCUAGUGAUUAUAUUAUUAUUAUACUCGUCUGUACCUUGCACGUUCUAGUCUCGUUACACUGCCUUUUAUGUAUUAUAAUUUUAAUUAUGCUCAGGUACGUCUGUAUAUAUAGAUAAUUAUAUUAUAUUGAUUAUAAAUACUAGUGUUUAAGUCUUAGUAGGUAAUGAUAAUAUUAUUAUAAACUAUGACGGCCGUUUUACCGGCGAUGUAUUUGAUACGUUUGGCAUUAACAUAGACAAUAAAUGUAUAAUUUUAUGUUUACCAAC